AUGGACGAACCCACUCAUAACUCCAACAACGGCGGUGAGCCCUCAAAUAAUGGAGGUGAAGGGGCAGAAGGAACCUGCAAGGAGGAAACUGCACUUGUGGCUGUAAAAGUUGUGAAUGCUGAUGGCGCGGAAAUGUUUUUCCGUAUCAAAUCCCGCACGGCCCUAAAAAAACUCAUUGAUACGUAUUGCAAGAAGCAGGGAAUAUCGCGUAACAGCGUGCGCUUCCUUUUUGAUGGAACACCAAUUGACGAAACCAAAACACCAGAAGAGUUGGGUAUGGAAGAUGAUGAUGUGAUUGAUGCGAUGGUGGAGCAGACAGGCGGGUGUCUUUGGUGCAUGGCGUGA